AGAUCUGGAGAGAUGAGACCGACCGGCAUCUCCAACCAAAUUCCCCACAGCGCACGCAGACGACCAACCAUGGCGGCGCGCCCGGCCGCCGCAUCCCAGCGCCGGCGCAGGCUGCUGCUCUCUCCCCUCUAAAUCCUUGCUCCGCCGCAUGCCGCACCUCUCAGCUGUCCUGCUCCACCUCCACUCACGUCGUCCCACUGCUGCCCUGCUCCUGCCGACGCGAGACCGGACGAGGAGACCGGCACGGCAACGCCUGGAGAGGCGCCCUCUGCCACGUCUUUAGUUUGGUAACUAUACUAUUUGCCCUUUGACAGGCUGGCCUCACAACCCCCAGGCCCCAGUACCAGAUCGAUCCGCCCGUCCUGUUGGUUCUGUCGCGCAUCUCGCUCCCUUCCUGAUCGAGGACGGGAACUUGGCGGCGGCGGCGGUAGUCUUCACGCAGCUCCGGCCGCUGGCGGAAAUCCACGAAAAAGGGCGAGCUCCCCCGUCGCCACGCUAGGAAAUUCCAAGAGCUGGUAGCACGUGAGGCACUUGGAGCUCUAGGGCGGUAGGGGUGGCGGCGAUUUGGGGAAGAUGAAUCCCCUGACGCAGGUCAAGCAGACCCAGCUGAUAAACAAGAAGGAGGCGGCUCUCGGCCUCAGCGAGAACGCCUCGUGGCACGCCAGGUUCAAGGACUCCGCCUACGUCUUCUGCGGCGGCAUCUCUUUCGACCUCACCGAGGGUGACCUCCUUGCCGUCUUCGCGCAGUACGGUGAGGUGGUGGAUGUGAACCUCGUGCGCGACAAGACCACCGGAAAAUCCAGGGGUUUCGCCUUCCUCGCUUAUGAGGACCAGAGGAGCACGGUUCUUGCUGUCGAUAACUUGAACGGAGCUAAAGUUCUUGGGAGGAUCAUAAAAGUCGACCAUGUGGACAAGUACAAGAUGAAGGAGGAGGAGGACGAGGAGGAGGUGGCAAAGAAGAGGGAGGAGCGCGGCGUGUGCUAUGCGUUCCAGAAAGGCGAGUGCAACCGGGGGGACGCGUGUAGAUUUUCCCAUGAUGCGCAGAGAAAUGCGAACACUGGUUGGGGUUCUAAGGAGGAUAUCGAGCCAAAAUGGGAGCAUGACAAACACCGUGGUCCAUCAAAUAAGGGUGGUGUCUGCUAUGCUUUCCAGAAAGGCGAGUGCAGUCGGGGAGAUUCCUGCAGAUUUUCGCAUGAUGAGCAGGUAGCUGUCCAGAACCGUGGCGUCUGCUAUGCUUUCCAGAAAGGCGAGUGCAGUCGUGGAGCUUCCUGCAGAUUUUCACAUGAUGAGCAGAGAAAUGCAAACACUGGUCGAGGUUCUAGGGAUGACAGCAAUGCAAGACGGCAGCAUGACCAUGAUCCUCCAAAGAGCCACAAAAAUUUCCCUGACAGAACUAAAGAAGAGACGAGAUCAGGGGAUAGAGAAGGUCAAUCCUCAAGAUCAGACGUGUACAGGGACCGAGAUUCUAGGACGAGACAUGGUGAUAGAGACACAGAAGAUAGAGACAGGAACAGACACGAGAGAUCCCCUGAGAGAUCAAGAGGUGAGAGGCAGAGAGGCGACGACAGAUAUAGAGAAGAAAGAUCAGAGAGCAAGCGGUCUCGGCAGGACAGAGAUUCUGGUGGCCGUCAUGAAAGGAGGGGUGAUGAAGAGGCAGAACGGCAUGGGAAAUCGCGGAGAUAGAACUCGCUUUUAUCAGGGAAAGAAAAGCGAUGAUGUCGCUGUUCUAAUCUUGUUGAUGUUUGUACUUGUACUAGACGCACAAUUUUGUUCGGUCCUUAGAUCUUUGGUGCUAUCCAGGUUGCGUCUACUUUCUUUUCCUUUACAAGGUUUUUGAACAUAUGAGCCGAUGGAUGGUUUUGCAGGGUAUUAACUCAUUCCAUUGGAUACACAGUGGUGAUUCUUGUUAUGACACUGAUGAAUUUUGUACCACUUCGGAUAAUUUUACCAGCUGUAGCAUUCCUAGCA